AUGGUCGGCAGUACCCGGCAGACCACCGUGCCGACAAUAAUGUUCAUCUGCAACCAGCCGGGACCACGAAAAGAUGCUUGCAAAGCGGUACGAGAGAGUGAGGUCUCGAAGAACUAUCCUGCGAUCAACUUCGGGCACAUGUCUUCGCCGCCCGGAGUCAAGCACCUCAAGCAGCUGGCAACAGACAACACAGUCAGUCAAACGGAUGGGAACAUUCACCAAGCAGGAGCAGAGGAUGUCCGUGACCAUUCAGUCGGUCUGUCUGGCCGACAUGUUAUGGUUACACAUAGAACCGCGAACGGGGUUUCAACCCGAAUGGCUACACCUGGCGGCAUUGUUCAAUGUGGUGGAACGGCCUACAUUCUUACUUCUGGACAUGUAUUUUCCGACGAUACACAAGCGGAAGACUUGAGCAUGCCGAGCGAAUGCGAUGACGAGUAUGAGCUCUACGACAACAAUGACGACCACACUGAUGAGAAUUCCUACGACGAAAUGGACGUAGAUAUCACCAGCAAAGGCAGUACCACGCCGGACAGUGAUCGCUCUGUGUAUGGCACUGGUUCAGAGAAUAGCAGCUCGGGUUUCUCCUCCGUUAGGGGUGUCUCAAUCCCGGAUACUUCAACUCAGAUCGACGAUCGAACCAUUGACCCACAGGCUGGAACGAACGCUACUGGGGCUCAUGCUCCUGGCAGCAGCAAUCUCGAGCCCAAGACGCCCACUCUGGUUCCUAGCGGCUUCGCAGGGAUACCUGACUCCCUUACCGGCCUGACAGCAACUGCAGGUCGUUUGAAACUGGUUUCCAUCGAUCUGGACUACGCAUUAAUUGAGAUUGCAGGACCAAGUGCACUGGCUGCCGUGGAGGAGUUAUGCGGCAGUGGACACGAGGCAGACUUGCUUCAGCCGACACAUGUCGUCACAACGGGCCCCAAGGAUACGAAGAUCGUUACCUACACCGCAUCACAAGGAUACUUGACCGGCACCUUGUCGGGAACACCUUCUUAUACCCAUUUGCCGGGUAGUAGGACGUACCAGGAGGUAUACAUGGUUCAGCUCAAUGGACCUCUAGCCAAAGGCGAUUCCGGAUCCUGGAUUAUCGGCGCCGAGACCCAUGGUUUGUAUGGGCAUAUCAUAGCUGGCUGCGAACACACCCGAGUCGCGUAUGUCAUGCCUGCAUACAACGUCUUCAAAGAUGCCAGGAAACGCUUGCACAGUCAGCUCCAUUUGCACUGCAAGUCGCCCAUCGGCGAGACAUCUACGGAGCAGUGUGUUGUACCAGUGCCAUCCACCGGUAAGAUGGAUCCUAACGAAGUCUUCCCGGGUCAUAGAAGUUCCGCUUCGCUCACAUAUGGUAUCGGUUCGUCUUCGGCCAUAGACAAGCAGCUCUCGCUCCUCGAAGAUUGGUCUGGGAGAGGCAGCCAUGUUGGAGUCAAUCAGAACGACACUAUUCCCCUCCAACGAGGUCGACAGCAAAUGCAAGACCCCCUCACAACGCUUGGGAAUACGGCUUUCUCCAAUCACCAGUUACCUGCGCAACAUCAGAUGCUCUAUCCCUCGGGCUUUGACUAUUCCGACCCGCGCUUAUCUCUUUUGUCGCCGAGAACGCUAACCACCGGCGGCUCCUUGGACAAAUUCGCCAGUGGCCGGCAACGGAGAAGAUACCAGACGCUCGGCCGCCCGUCCGACGCCGUGAACAAUCCUCUUUCGGGCUUGGAUGCUGCGGCACAUGCCGACCCGAACCUUGUCGCACAUAUCACGGAGGAGGUCCCGUAUGACACGGCCUUGGUUGACGGCCCGUCCGACACCGCGGGCAAUUCCUUCCAAGGCUUGGAUGCUGCAACACAUGCCUACCCGGAGCUUAUUGCAAAGGCCACGGGUCAAUGGAAGGUCACGGAAAGCUUGAACGUAUCAAAAGAAUCAUACGACAGCAAAUACUAUUCUUUUCCUCAUAUCGGUUCGGCCGCCUUCUCGCAGCAGACCCCACCAGCGCUGUCGCACUGUUCGUCUCGAUCAUCGCUCACCUCCGAACCAGCACUGCCCUCAAUGCUCAACGAAACGCCAUACACCUGCAAUAGUUGCGACGCUUCCUUCAAACGCGCGGCGGAUCUGACGAGACAUCGCAUGGGCGUCCACGGAGAAAACGUGAUUUCGUUCGAGUGCGACUUCGCUGGAUGCGGCAGGGUAGGGUCGCAGGGAUUUAGAAGAAAGGAUCAUUUGAGAGAACACCAACGAAACGUGCACGGCAUACCGAUUUCUAAGAGGGAAAAGAGUACAAGAGCGCUUUUCGAGUAG